UCGCAGUCGAGCAAGCAAUUUGCAAGUUCUGGAAAGAGCUUUAAUUUUCAUGUCCACGUUUAUUGCAAGAAAGUAAUAAAAAGAAGCUUUUAAGCAAGCUCGAAGAUGAUGGACGACGAGGAAGCUUUGAAGGAGAGCGUAUCUAACCUGAGAUCAGCAAUUCUUCUUAGACGAACAGACAUCAUUCGCAGUAUCCUUUCGACUGCCGCAGAGUGUAAGGGCGGAAAUAUUUUUUUGUUUUGGUAGAAUUAUCUCACGCACACCCGCUCACUUCGUGUGUUUUGGGACAGAAAGCGGCAGUUUGUUCCUUCCUUCAAAAGGGCAUACAAACAGCUGAAUGAGAGUGAAAUCUUUCUUUACAUAACAGGUGUUACGCGCUGUUAAGCCGUUAUUUUAUCAUUAAGUUUAUUUUUUUAUGUUUUAGUUAUUGGGUCCUUUCUACCCAGCACUCACAUUCUAGAUUAACAAGUUACUUUUUAUACCGGUUUCUGGGUACGUCUCGAAAACGAUUUUAAUUCACUUAAACAACGUGCCUUUUGAACGGUCACGCACUGUUGGCCAACAGACACUUUCACUGUGUAUUCAAAUUAAGUUUGAUAACAGCUCGAUCAUAGCUACAAGUUAGAUUUGCGCCAUUGAAAUCCUAUCUUCCUUUCUGGUUUUCUUCGAUUUGCAUUUUUAAAUUCAUUCGCCCGCACUAGAAAUGUGCGUUAUUCCUGCUUUAAUUUGGUUUUUUUUGUUUAAUAUUGACUAAGUUAAAAUGACAAAAAUUGUACCAGAGUAAGAGAUAAAUUCUUAUUCAAUUUCUAUGGGGCAGGGCUGGCUGAUUUUAUGGAGUGGCAUACUUUACCGAUGCGACUUUCAUCUUGAAUUACAUAUUUAAAGAAGCCAGCCAGCUGGAGCUACCUUUUUUCUGAUGAAAGGACUGGAAGCAAGGGGCAUACAUGUGUAUGUAGUAUGUCAUCCACUGUCCUGUUGCUGGAGCAGAUUGCUGGGCUAGCCCUCCUGCAGGGGAGCAUGAUUACAUGGAAAACUUCCAGCCUGGCUCGCCAGGAUCGUGUGACAUCAUGAUACCAGAACCCUGGGUUCUCAUAUAAUCACAAAGUUUUUUUUAAAUUUAUACUGCUUUAUUGCAAUACAUUUACAUUGAAGUGAUUAAUUUUUUGCAUAGAGAUCUUAAAGACAAGAUCUUGGCAAAUCAAGUCAGCCAAGCUCAUGAAUGAUAUCUAGUGGUUUUAACAAUGUCACCUUUAUUUGACUUAUUAUUUUGAGCAGACAGGGAAGAAGACGGGCUCUUCGCUGAUGAUGAUGAGGAAGAGGAAGCCCAGCUUGGUGUUCCAAAGCAGUUUUAUUAUGAUGAAUAUGAUGACCCUUAUGACAUCCUGAAAAUGAUGAUGAACUAUGUUGAUAAUGAUGCAGGAACUUGUCUUCAUCUUGCUACCAAAGUAAGUUGAUAAAGACUCCAUCCAGUGCCAACAGUUUCAAAGUUACAGAGCUGCAUAUUUGCUUUGCAUAAAGCUUCCUCUUAAUUCCUUGGAUCCAGUGACUUUAAGCAAGUAUAAUUUUCAAUAAUAGUUUUUGAUUAAUACAUUAUAAAGCAUUCUUGCCAGGCCAUGGCCUUUUAGGAUUCCCACCUUUUGUAAAGUUAGCGGGGCUCAAAACCCUCCCCAUCUGAUCAUCUUAUAAAUAUCUCCUUGCGAAUCAGUGGUGUUAUCAUGUUUCUGGGCCAUUCCUCGAAAUAAAAUCGGCAAACAUGCACAAGAAAACAUUUUCCUAAUCAAAAUAUGACAAAUACUUUGUGUGUUUGCGCAUGAUGUGCCUUAUGGUAUGAAGGCGUACGUUUUAUGGAAACGUCGACUUGUCAAUGUCGGCAACUUAGAUUAAACCUGUUGUCAAUGCAAAUUAACAUCUAUUGUCUAAUGACCAAUCAAAUGCCUGUGUUGCUGGUACAACGCGCUCUGUGAACAGAAGCUGCAGUGAUGUCAUUACAGUCCCUCUAUUUUUCUCGUUCCUCCCCCCCCCCUACCCCCCCGACCUGUAAUCCCUGAUUCCCACCCCAUCGGUACAGUUGAAAAUCAAGAUACCUGUGACGGUAAGACGCGGUAUCCAAACGAUCUCACGAAAAAAUAGGGGACUGUGAAGAGUCUAUAGGGAAUUUCAACUGUAUAAUAUAUAACCAAGUCAUGUGGGAUUACAUGAGGUCACAUUUUGCAGUGUACAUUACAUUGCAUUAAAUUAUGGGAAAGAACACAUCAAGCCAUAACUUCUGAUCUUAUGUGAUGGUACUAUUUCACACAUAGAAUGAUCUUUAAUCCCAUCUUUUAACACCAUAAUUAUAUAUAUUAAAUUUAUAUAAUCACAGGAUUUCACAGGACUUAACCUAAAAGUCAGAUCUGUUCACACUUAUCUGGGAGAAGAUGAACUUUCUUUAAAAAACUUGUUGUUGUGAGGCAUUUUCUGGCAAAUAGUUCAUGUGAUCUGUGAACAUUUUAUAAAUCGUUUUUGUGGAUCCGACACAUACAUGAUCUGUAGCAGGUGUUUUUUCCCCUUUUUUGUGUUUGUAAUUUGGAACCCAUACUUUGUAUCUUGUUAAUGAAAGUAGUGAUUGUGAAUUUCAACUGCUUUUAGGUGUUUUGUUAUUAUAAUUAUAAUGUUCUUUAAUGCACAGCGAAUGCAAGAUCACAUGCAGUUACCCUCUGGCUUCUGCUUUAAUAAGGAGUUGUUUUCUUUCACAAUGCAUUUUUUUUAGUGCAAAAAAAAAACUGAGGAAAAAGUUGCAUAUUUUAGACUAAAUCGUCCAACAUAAUUAACUACAGCUACAUUUUAUCGUGCAUUUCACGACAAGAGGUUACAGAUUUGUUAAAGAGAAAAAAUAAUGAUGCAUUAUACUGGCAGAAGCAAAAUGUAACACUUCACCGGGUCACAACAUUAACAUUCAAAUCCUGUACUGUGGUAUCAAAGGACACUGAAAUGACAUUUAAAGCAGGUAAAGACUGCCAAGCUUAUGAUAUUAAGUAAUAAGUAAAUUUGUUUGGUUUAUACUAUAGCUUGGUUACGCAGAUGCUGUAAGGGCAUUGUUGGCUGCUGGAUCAGAUCCCACCAUUGUAAACAAUGAAGGAGCUACAUCAUUUGACUACUGCACAGACAAAGCUAUCAUAGGUGUUUAUAAUGAAGAACUUCUGCAGGCUUCUGCCAACUCAAAGUAAGUUUUGACCCUCCAGUAGUAAUGUAGUAAAUAUCAUAAGAUUUCAUAAAUUGACAACAGGUUUUAAGCAUAUAGCUCUCAGCAUGAUUAAUUAGUGUCCCCUUGAUGGAUAAAAAACAGAUAAUAACUAAAACUGAACAUGUUUUUAAUCUUGUACAAGUGUCACUGAAGGUACGUUGAAGAACAAAUACAUGAGUUUGGUGACCUUUUUGUUGAUUUUAAUUAAGAAUUUUCAAACCAGUUUUUGUCCCUUUUAUUUUUGUCCCUUUUGUGUGGGAUAAUACUUAUGGUAAUUAGAAUGCACCUGAGAUGAAAGGAAAUCAAAAGACAUAAACAUGCUUUUAGCUUUUUAUGCAAGUUUGAAAUUCUAAAACUAGUGAGAGAGUCCAAUAUGUAUGGUACUUGUAGUUAAGUAUUGUGAUAUUAAUUUAUUUUAACAUUGUCAAGUGAUUUAGUGUUAAAGGUGGUCAAUUACACUGACAAUAAAGUUUAUUCUUGAAUUAACAGUGAAUUGAAUAAGAUUUAUUGUAUUAACUAAGUAACAUGAAAUCUGUACUUAAAUUUUCCUUUCAGUUAAGUCAAAAUAUGCAGAGAAAUUAUUUGCUUCCUCUGUAUAUUUGCUGAUGCUUGUAAAAAUUUAUCAUAAAUUGUCUGCACUCUGAUAGCUAUCCUAUAUUACCACACAACAUCAUUUUAUUUUGAGGAGACAUCUUUUUCCUUUUUUGUUUGGAGACCUGUUUCAAGUUAAUACUCUUUCGAUGUUGUUAAUGUACAUGUAUAGACUUGUAAAUAUAAUGAAAUCCCAAAAAUCUGUUGUGGUUUCAUUUGCAUUUCUGGAAAGUUGUCUGUUUUGCCCUUUACUGAAUACCACAGUUAACAUGCAAAUGGAGUUACACUGGAUGCAUUUUUAAAUCAUCAACUGGUGUGUAACUUCAGUUAGUUCAUUACCAGAUACAAUGUAAUUUUAUUAGCGCGGUUUUCACUUGACUGUCGAAAGUAAUUGAGGAAUUGGUUUGGUUUUGGUUUUACUACGCCCUUUGGUUGGCUAGUGUAUUUACUUUGGUUUUGGUUUUAUGCCAGUCAAGUGAAAACCGCUCUAUAUGUAUGUAUCAGUAUGUACAUGCAGUGGAGGUCUUUAACUUAAAUACGAGAGACUGUUAACUUGCUAAUUUAAUAGAGAAAUACAAAACAAACAUAAUUUAUUCUUUGCACAAUAUUUAAGCAAAUUCAUAUAUUUACUACCGCAGGGAGGCGGGAUUGGAGGUGGUGUAGUAAUUACUCCCUCUCAGGGGGGGGGGGGGGGAGAGGGGGUGGGGGGGGGGGGGGGGGGGAGGGGGGGGGUGGGGGGGGGGGGGGGGGGGGGUUUCCCGUGUCCCCCACUUUGAUUUUCAACACCGGGUGUUUUUGAUUAUUAGGGGAUGCUAUUUGGCCUGUUUAUUUUUUUUAUUUUUUUUUUGAUCUUUUUUGUGUUGUUUUCGCUAUUUUACUCCAUGUCUGUAGAAGGGGCGACGAGGUGAGGUGAGGGGAGGGGGGGGGGGGGGGAGGGUGGGUGGAGGGGGGGGGGCGUGGGGGGGCAAGCGUACGGCGGGCUGCGCGGGGGGGGGUGGUGGGGUUUACCCAUGUCCCUAGUCUGAAUUUCAAAACCUGCUGUUUCUCGUAUUAAGGAGGAAGCCAUGUCGCUGUUGAUAUUUUACUAUUGUAUUCUGCACUUUUCUCUGUCGCUAUUGCAGUUUUAAGCCAUCUUCAUGUCAUUUGUCACCAUUUCAUCUGUCCUAUGUCCCUGUUUCAAGGCCAUGCCUCAGUAGUGGUGUGGUAGUUGGAUUCAUUUUUAUUUAUACUAUUUGAUGUUUUGUAGUGUUCCCAGAGUGCGCAAACUAUUGAAGGCAGGAGUUAACGUUAAUGCCAGUGAUGGUGCCACAAGUGAUAACAAAGCUCUUCACUGGGCUGUUAGUUAUGGAAAUGCUGACAUUGUCAAACUUCUCUGUGGUAGGUUUAUAUUAAAUUUUUAUAUCUUCUAGAAUGUCUUCUCUCCUUGUCUAAAACUAGUUCUUGUUUAGGCUUGAGUUUAACUGCUUUCAACUUGAAAAUUAAAAACUUUUCACCGAUCAAUGAUGUAGAAUUAACACAUCCAGACGUCCCUUCAAUAUUGGAGUAAUAGUAAUGAAAUAACAUUAUUUACUGGUUAUCACAUGUCUUUUCUUUGAUUUGGUUCUGCAUUUUCAGAACAUGAAGCCAAGGUGAAUGUAACCAAUAAAGCUGGGGUAACACCAUUGCAUGAUGCUGUCACCAGAGGUGACCUAGAUAUCGCUAAAAUACUCUUGCAGCAUGGAGCUAAAUACGAUAUCAAGGCAACUGAAGGGUAUGUUGCAUAAUAAUAUUACUUGGGUGUCCUGUGAAAUUCUCCUGUCUAAACCUGUGGAGAAGUCUUCAUCACUUGGCCAAAAACCUACAACCAGACUCUUCUGUUCAGCACCAUGUGUACUGCUGGCUUAAAGCAGACUCAAAUCUCUGUGAAGUUCAGUUUGUGUGUAAUCCAUGUCUUAUAAUGGAUUAUCAAUAAAGACCAAGCUGUUUAUGUAUAAGAGGUCCAAAUGUGGAGGGUAUUCCUACCAAAAUACUGGGUCAAGGCAUCUUAAAACAAUGCCAUUUUGCAGAUGCCUUAUAUAACCACAAAAUGUACAAGUAGCAUGUAAGAAAUUUAUCAUAUUGUUGCAGGAAAGAGCAUCUUCUGCCACUCUGUUUGUUUUCUGUUUUUAUUUUUUAAGGGCACAGCGGCUCACCCAGGUCUGACUUUUCAAUUUUUUCUCUCUUGUCCACAUUAGUGCACACAAGGAUCAAACAGCAUUAGACUUAGUAAACUCUGAAGAAAUGAGGCAGCUGCUCACAUCACCUGUUAUAAAAGAAGCUGAGCCUGUGACCAAUGGUGAUUCAACAAUCAAUGAUCAAACUACAGACUCAGGUAUAUCGUCUCGGUCACUCUUCAAAAGAUAGCAACUUUCUUGUAAGAAAUGUCCUCAAAACAACAAUGGAUUGUUUGAAGUAGUACAUGGCACACUGUGAGCAGCGUGCAAAGAAAGUCGUGUUCGAUAGCCCGGGGCUAGUGGAUUUUGCUAUCAGGCUAGUGAUUUUUGUUCUUAACUUGCCCGACGGGCAAGUGUUUUUUUGUGGGAAAUUCAAAUUACAGAAGGAUUGUAUUAAACCAAUCCUGCUAAUCAAAAAGGAUUUUGAGGCUAGUUGAAAUGACUUUUGGCCUAGUACAUGCUAGCUACAGCUUGCCCAAAUGGCAGGCUGUAAAACUGACUUUCUUCGCACCCUGAUGAACCUGUGAUCAAGCUCUCCUGGGGUGCUGUACAGGUGGGGCAAUUUAAGGAUUUAGUGAUGAAACUACCCUUGGUGGUCCAAGAAGAGCGUGCUUGCAGGCUACACCAAAUUGUCAUUUUUUUGUGGAUUUAAUUUUAACUCAUGUGGAAUAAAUCGACAUUGAUGACGUCAGGGAAAGGUAUCUCAUUACGAUAACAUCAUGUUCAUGUUGUUCCUAGCAUAACCGGUUUGACAGGUUUUAAGUUACAUUUGGAUUGAUGAUGUCAUUGUUUUUUAUUGGGGACUGAAAUGAGAAAGGUGUCUGUUGAUUAUGUCGUUUUCACAAAACAGUUUCAGGCAAGCGUAAAACCCUUAAUGACAAAAUUUCACUGCAGAACCAUAACUUAGCGUGCUGUACAGGCAUUACUUUUUUGGGUUUUUCAUGGGAGCAAAGGCAAGCACGGAGAGGGCGUGGAGCGCGAGACGCUCACUGUGGGGGAAGUCAUCCAGUAACAUUGCAUCACUGUUAAAGAUUGAAAAGCUGAUGUUUCGAGUGCUACUUAGCCCUAAUUGCUCUGAUGAAAGCGUAUUUCAAGCGUCAGCUCGUCUGUCUUUUUUAUAGUAGAAAAUUGGCUCAAGCAACUUAUUUGAAAAACAAACUAAGACAGAAAUUUGUAUUUCACUUCACUAAUGAUCAUCACUUUUUACAAUAGUUUUUCUUUAUAAACUAUGCAUUGCUCAGCCACAGGUGUCAUCAGCAAAAUUUAAUAUCCUUUUUACUUGCAUUUCUCUUUCUUUUAAUCAACUGUCGACCUACAAAUAUAAUUAUAGACUUGACGUGCAUCUGAUGUAAUUCUCGUUCUUUACAUCCGCCACUGAGGCAAUCAAGCCAACAAUACUCACGGCUUUCAAAGUGGCCGAACAUGUUGGUUCUAUGACAGACACUAACAGAAAAUCUCUCCCUUGAUUUCUUCAACAGAAUCAGCUCCUUCUGAAACCAGCACUCCUUCAUCCACUGUACUCCGUAACACAACACUUCCCUCCCCUCCCUUGUCCUUAUCAUCUCAGCUGCAGUUGCUAUCAGGAAUGUCCCCACCUGCCAACAGUGAAUCUCUGGAUUCAACAUUUCUUCAGUUGUGGCCAUAUCCUCAACAGAUCACACAGAUUAAGGGCACCAGAUUUUUUCCUACAGCGUCACUGCCAGUUGUGUUGUUCAGAGGACUGCAAACAGGUAUAUCGCGGUAUAUUGUGGGUAAAAUCAACAUCCCAUUCGCGGCCCUACUUUUGGAACCUCUCGUAGUCUCCCACUUUGGAUCCCAGUUUCUGGGAAACUGCCCACCUACCUCUCCCUUAAGCCAUAAUUUUGCCCUAAGUGAGAAGUAAUUGUUAAUGUUAGCUUAGGGGAGGGGUAGGUAGGCAGUUUCCCAAAAACCUAAAUUGAUCCCCCACUUCCUUUAAAGGGGCUCUGUCAGACUAUUUGAUAUAUUUUUAAAAAGAUAAAACCUUUCUUCGGAUGAAAUGAAUUCCAAAAAUAAUGGUUUAGGUUUGUUAUUGAAGACUAUAAUUAGGCAUUGAAACUGUUUCUUGUUGUUUGUUGCAACGGUUGGCAAGGAUGGACAUGGAUUGAAACUCGGAAAUACCCCAUAAGGCUUGGUUCUCUUAAUAAGUGACCACCUCCCAUAAGCGACUACUUAAUCUUUGCAUUUUUGGUGCUCUUUUACGUUUAAGUUACCGGAGGUUUGAUUUUAGUUUCUGUUCAAGUCAGUCUUGACAUUCAGCCCAGUCAAACUCCUGCACCUGUUAGCUCUGCUCUUGCCCCCCUGCAAAAGAUUCUUUUUGUGAUUUUGUGGUUGUGCCUAAAAAGAAAAUAACAUCCGUUAAAUGUAUUGUAACAUUCAUUUAGUAGUUCUAUGAUUGUCCUUCUUGAAACUAGAUUAUUUCCAAGAAGCUUGUGAGAUGUGGAACACUUUGGAAGAAAGCUUUGAACAAGUUGGCCACACCCUAGAACUUACUGUCGUAGGAGAAGGUAACAUUAACUUAAAAGACUCUAAGAUUUCAUAAAAAAAAUGUUGCAAUUGUCUGACUGAUUUUAAAGACUUGCAGCGACUACAAAAACAACCUUAUGGAAGCACCGCUUGGACAAAGAACCCGUGCUUUUAACGUUAUUAUUAGUUUUUUAUUCCAUUUAAGUAAUUUUUCUUUGGUGAAGGAAUUUUCUGGUCGCUGAAUUUAAUUCGUUUUUCACUUGCUGAAUAGUGGUGUUCAUUUUUUCUGCUCAAGUUUCUACUCCCAGUAAUAUGCAAGUUGUUGAUAUCACUAAGUCAGGACUGCAUUUUCUUGUUUUUUCUUUACAGAUUUUGAGCGAGGAGGUAGUGUCGCGGGCAGUAUAGAAUGUCACAUUUGUCCAAACUCGUUUAGCCGAUCAGACAGUUAUAGAAUCAGUAUUUCAACCGUGAAGGUAAGCACUGCACGCCUCUUUUACUGUCAACGUGAAAAUUGUCCUAAAAAGUUGAAUGUGGGUUUGAUUCCUGGGGCCGGUCCAAUGCUAGUAUUUCCGAGCUUAAUACAUUGACACUCAAAAAAGUACCGUUUUUAGUAAGCUUCUAGUUUUCAUCGCCCAAAGACGCUGGUUACCUUGACGCAAGGUUGACUCCCUACUCCGCCUACUCUCCCCCUUCCCUUACCCCACCCCUUACCCCACCCUUGAGAUAAGCGAAAAUGCUUCGACGACGGCAGCCAGUACAAUGGACUGUCGUCUUUGAGUUUACUUUCUUUGAAAACAGCCCACGUUGCAAACGUUCAUUUGCGAAGUGAGAGUGAAAACUGGAGCGAGGCCAAAAGUACGCUCAUGGCUUACUUUGAAUUCUCUAUUUAUCGCUUUUCAAAUUAAUAUAGAAUUUGAGUUCGAAUUGGAAAUAAUCACCCGCCGAACCAACAAUAGAGGAUGUUAGCAUCAACAACGAUUACGAGUACGAGAACGACUUCAAGCCGUACUCGAAGUCGUUUUCUCAGCUUUCUAUGUUAACGAUGACACCCAACUUUCCCGGGUAAAUGCAAAUUUACUCUGUGUAGGAAAUAUCGCGUUCGGUUGCUUUAGCAGUAUUUUACAUAAAACAUAACAUAAGGAAUGUUCACGAUGAUAAAGAGAGGCUAGAAACGAAAAGAAACUGCAUUAAACGAUCGGAAUUUACCUUUGAAAACCAGCUCUUCCGAGUCGUUCUACCCACCUCGAGUUUUUGGUGAGAACUCGUCGUAGUGCAACUUGACAGGACGACUUGAAAACGUGGGGAUGCGCAGAACGGAUGCGCAGUACGCAAAAUCGCUCUUCUCGUUCUAGAACUCGCACUCGUUGUCGAUGCUAACAUCCUCUAAUAGGUUGAACUGCGCGCAAAUUACCAAGGCUAUGAAUGAACCCUUUAUUUGCUUUGAAAGAAAGUUGAAUGGUUCGUGUUUUGCAAAACCAAAUAACAAAAUCAAGCUUUUAUAUUUUGUGGAACAUGACAGAUCGUUGGGUUGAUCAUUUUUUCUUUGUAUAAAACAGGUUGUUUUAACAGCUUGUGACUUAGCAGGCUUGUGGUAUGCUGUUAACACGUUACUACAGAUCUUAAGACUAUUUCAUGGCACGGGAAUUCCGCAGGUCCAGGUAAGUUUUAUCAAAUGACCCUUAAAAUCAUCAUUCAUUAUUAUGUGGGCAAGGCGCAUUGAAACAAAUAGUGUAGAACUGACAGAAUAAAGGAGACAGAUUUAUUAUUUAUCCAUUCAUUCAUUUAUAAUUAUUUUUUAGUUCCUUUCAUUGUAUUAAAUUAUGACUGAGACGAAAGAGAUUGACUAGGUGUGUUCGUUUUUGUUUGUUUUUUAUUAAGUUUCUAUAAAUAGUAUCAUAAUCAUUAAUGUUUCUGUAGUUUGAUUGUCGUUGGUUUUGGUCGGCAAAGCCCAUUGAUAGAUGUCUCCUCUUCCUUUUCAGAUAAGUGACUGGCCAGACUUGAAAUACAGAGGAGUAUUAUGGGAUGUGUCCACAGGGCGUGUUCCUACCUUGGUACGUCAACGGACCAAGUUUCGUAAUAUUUUCUACAUGAACGAGUAACGCAUGCUUGCUUUAAGACUCUCCAUCCACCCUCUCCCGUAGAAUCCAAAAUCGGAUCUCUGAAACCAUUUUCGAAAUAGCAUCACGUUUAUCAAGACGCAUAAAUGCGUACAGCUUCUUCCUCUUUAAAAUCCAAGAAAGAAAGAAUAAUAUAUAAUAUUUUUAACGUUCUUUUUUUUAUUUCUAAUAUACCACCUCAGGAAACAUUGUUUUCUAUGAUCGACAUUUUGUCCUCCAUGAAGAUCAAUCAGCUACAGCUGUACAUGCAGAAUACCUUUGCAUUUUCCGGACACGAAACCGUGUGGAGAAACACAACACCCUACAGUCCUAGGUAUGAUAACAUUGGAAGUUUCGAGUCGAGAAAAUAGACAUAUUCAGCAAAACAAUGUAAUUUUAUUGAUUGCAAAACGUAAACACAGGAAGUGGUCUGAAUACAAGUUUAUACUGCUUCGUGGUUACAGACACGUCAGAAAAAAUUAAUUCUCACGCUGUUUAUCGUAGCCUGAGAAAACAGCCGAUAUUUUGCUACGUCACCACUGGUUUCCCGCGGAACGAACGGAGAAAUUCCAAACUGAUGACGUGUUACCAUCCAACUCUGGGUAAUGCUUCUGAUUGGUUGAUUCGUUUGUACGUGGGAAGCAAUAGGCCAUUUCCGAGUUGGAGCAAGCCUCAAUUUCAAAGCGAGGCGAAGUGCGAAACUCAUUUUCACAAGAGAGGUUUUGCACUUAGCCUCGUUUUGAAAGAGAGAGAGUUUUUGGAAAUCGAAAGUGGCCUAUUGGUGUAAACAAAACAACAAAUCUGCACAUGGAGCACGCGUUUUUACACUUUUUACCGUCAUCGCUUGGUUGCGACGCGACUCGUUUCCUGGAGGACGUAAACACAAAACGACAGUUUCCUUUCUCUUCUUCUGAACUGGGACACGGUCGUCAAGAAUUUAAUUCGAGGAAAAUUCGCCAACAUUUAACGAACUGAAGGAGGCUGAAUAUUAGUAAUGAAUUUUGAAACAGCACGAAGUCACAUUUCAGGUGGCGUUUUCGCAGCCGUCUUCGUCGUGGUUGCUUAAGCUGCCUAUUGUCUUCUUUCGGUGCGCGCGCGUUAGGGGUCUGAGACAUUUAUUGCGUCAACUUAGCCGUAAUAUCAGAAGAUCCAAGAUCGCUCGCUCCCACUCCGCCCUUUUUUGGCGAGGUGGUGAAUGCGAGCGAUCUCGAAUCGUCUGAGAAUCAGUGGGGACAGCUUCAUUAGGUUUUCGUCAUAGUUUGAUUUGCACAGGAAUCAUUCACAGUACAAUACGUUACCAUCCACUCGACGUUGCGUUAUCAAAGUAGUUCUGUCUGCGUGGGAGGUUACACACACCAGUGGUAUUAACCAGCAUUUUUUAUUUUUUUCAGCGACAUCAUGAAAAUAGACAGAUACUGUAAAAAGAGAUACAUCGAGCUGGUACCGCACAUUGAAAGUUUGUCUGGAUUCAGUCAGUGGUAAGAGAAGAUACUCAUGCAAGUAAUCACUGAUCAUUAUACUACACGGAGAAUGACUAUAAUAUAUUGAAUUCAUGUAGGCAAUGGUUUGUGAAUGGUUACCUUUCCCCAUUAACCAAUCAUUUACUUAUUUACUUAGGUUCGCCAAUUUUUGGCGGGGUCACCGAAACAGCGCGCGGCACUAAUUACUGUGAGCCCCGGUAACGUUCCUCUCCCCCCGGCCCCCCCCCCACCCAACCCCCUCUAUUAGAGAUAGACUACUACACCCGGGACUACGUCACCUACUCUUUGCGAAUAGUGUGUGGGUUCUUUAACGCCAUAGGGCCUGCGGUUUUUCGUCCUUACCCGAGAAGACUAACCGUUUACAAAAGUCUUUGUAAAGGAAGCACUUUCACCUCAGUAAUUUAACGACCCUGAGUGUUGGUCCGUUCGGUGCUUGAACCAGUGGCAUGCCGUUUAGCAGACUGGCGCUUAUCCAAUGGCCCUUAUGCAAGAUUACGUCAGACGAGCAAAUUUCAACACCAAGCUUCGUUUGUAAGCAAUAAUCUUCGCUCAUUUUUGCACUCUUUGUGCGUUGGUAUUCUCGUUUUUCAACUCUACUGCCUUGGGAAUUCAUUUAUGCGAAACUUCGCAACUUUACAACUUCAAAACGAGGCUCGGUGGUGAAAUUUGUUCGUCUGAGGUCAACAUGUAUAAGGGCUAUUGAGCUAACCGGGCGGCGGUUAUUAUAACCAACUUUUGUCCACCUUAACAAUUCCAGAAAUCGUGGCGUUUAAUGUUUCUACCCAUUCUCUCCGUUUUGAUUCCAACCGCCCUUGAACUCCAUCUAGUUGGUAAGCAACCCAUGAUCAUGGUCUUCUGCAGUGCCAGUGGAAACUAAGUACAACGUUGUUCUUUUUCUUUUUGCUCAAUCCUCCUGACCAAUAUUAAUGGGUACUUUUUUUCUUCAGGUUAAAAUUCAAGUCAUACAAACACUUAGCCGAAGAAGCUGUUGUAUACGACCCACAGGAAGAAAGGUACAAAGUAUACUGUUGAAACAAAAGGUUUCAUUGCAGAAGCAAUCUACAAUUUAGGAAAACUGUUACUGAAUUUGACCUGCCCUGUUGAAAUAUUUCAUAAAUGCAAAUUCAGCAUUUUUCCGAUACAUCUAUGUGGAAAACUAUCAACCGCCUGGCUUUUCCAGAAACAUAAUUUUUGUUAUAGUACGGAAUGAGUGCAGUACUUCGUUUUUCGUUACGCGACAGCUUUUUGUCGCAAGUUGUUGCUAAUGUUUCUUUUAAAAAGUGAAAUAAGUCCAGGCGUAACGUAUUCAUCUAUAGUGGAUUCAUCUUCCCACGUGCUUUCAACUAAAUUUCCAGGAAAAUACCCCUUAAGCCCUGUUAAUUCCUGUUUAAUCUUGUAUGUUCAACAGACAGCCAUCCUGUCUCUGUCCAUCAGACGAUGAAAGCAUCAAACUAGUCCAAGAUCUCCAUUCAAAAGCCUUCCCUUGCUUUUCAUCGGCAAGGUAAGCAUGUACAAUCUGGAUGUCUGUUUUGUGCCGAAAAAGUCUGAGAGCAAAGCUCAUAUAAUUGUAUCGUUACGUUUUUUUCCAGAUUCGUUCAUGUUGGUUUAGACUUGGCGCCGGAAUUUGGGAAAGGGAAGUCACAUUCUGUAACAGAGGUACAUUAGCUGAGUUUUGGUUUUUGGUUUCUUUGAAUGUGAGUCAUUACGGAGUUUAAGCAGCAAGGUUUUUGAGCGAUAAAUGUUAACCGGAAGUGGCCUUUUUGCACUCUUGAGCCGUGAUUUUGGACAACUUUUGGGCAAAUCGUCUCUAUAAGAGUAAAGACACUUAGCAAUACAAAUUUGGUAGCGUCGAGAUAUAUUGGAAGCGAAAACGCUCACUUGCGGUUGACGUGGGUGGUUUUAAAACGUCGCUGCUCAAACACUCUAUUGUUGUGGAUUGACAAACCCAUUGUUAUUGGCUGAGGGUAUAAACGUUAAAACUGGAAACUUGCCUCAAGUUAAGAUCGUGCCGUAAUUCACACGCAGAUCGCGGCAGAUGUAGUGUACCUUUUUGUCAACGUCUUCCGCAAACUGUCCCGAGUUUCGUUGACCUGCGACUCCGUUUUGCGAGGAUGUAAAGAUCAAGUUGCGCUUUAGGAAUAUUGAAAGGGAAGUUCCGUUAAGGCCCCGUCCAAACGAAUCCUUUUUUUCUUAAAACGGUCUUUUUUUUGCACGUAUCAUUUUCGAAUCCUGUCCUCGCAUAUCCCUUCCUGUUUAAAACUGGGCAUUCUUAUACGGAUUGGCCUUGAAUUGAUCUAGCGGUGAACUUCUUAUCCCGCGCGACGUUAGAUUCGGUAAUGUCAUCGCUUGCGGUUCCUGUGAGUCUCUUCGGAUACGUGUUGACGUAAGGCUAGUCCGCAAAAAAAGGGGAAAAAAUCACGAGUUUUGAAAAAAAACGGGUAAUUGUGGACGGGGCCUGAGAUUCUAGGGAAGCAAAAUUGGUUUCCUGACAGACAAGCCUUCAAAUACAGCUGAAACGGGAACGUGUCUAGUGACGGGGAGUGAUAGGAGGCGACCGUAUUCGAAGGCGUCCGAGGGACCAGUAAACAACUGAUUAGGUUUUGUACCUCUUACAUGAAAACCAGGUAGCUGUGUGACGUUAUAGGUUUUGCAACGUGCCCUAAUCAGCGACAUUUGGCGGGAAACAGAUUCAGACGUCAUCUAACCUCGAAGGGACUAUUCCUCAGCGAAAAUUCUCUCUCUGGGGGAAAUUUCUGCCAUGUAACAAUAAUACUUUUAUAACUGCUGCUGUUUCAGGAGAAAGGAACAGACGAGGUGUACAUGAGCUAUCUUAAAUCUGUGCACCAGUCUUGCUGUAGGCAUGGACGAACACUACAGUUCUGGGCCAAUGCCCUUCACGAGGACCCUGAACAGUUGUGGAAUCUCCCCCCUGGCGUCAUAGCCAUGGAAUAUGGACAUACGGUACACUAGCCACGGUUAAUUAAACUCGUAUUCUGAGGUUGUAGUCGCGGGUGAUUUUCAGCGAUUUUUAACGGCAUUUCCAACCAUACUUUUAGGUUAAUCACGACUUCCUGAAGUUCUGCAAACCAUUGGUCGAUGCCGGGUAAGUAUAAUGCAAGUUUUAUUAAUCUGGGUUUAUCAAGAAAAAUGUUGUGUGAUACAUGCCCAAAGAUUUAAGCGACUUCUAUAAGUUUAAGCCCUUUCCAUGUGUUCCUAUUUUAUAGAACCAAGAUAAUGUAAACUAUGGAUAGGAAGAUGUGACCAUCGCAGUUUUAAUCGCGAUUUAAGCAAUUGUAAAUUAAGUCCGAAAACAAUUCCGAGCUUCGAAAGAAUUCGAAUUCAUGACCUCUGCUUUAGCGCCGCAGUUAGACUUGCUACAAAAGCCAUUUGAAAUCCGACGAAGGACUUUUUUGAAAGUCUACGCCGCAGUGUUCUUCCAACUAAACUAUCAAGACCCAUACACUGGGAGCAGGCUCAAUUUGUUGACAUCAUCUUAACCCGUGAAAGGAAUGAAACAUGAAAUAAAGGUAAUGUAAACCUCAGGCUUAAUUAGAAAUUGAUUUAAUUGCGAUCACAACUGUGGUGGCCGUAUCUUCAUUUAUAUUUAUUUCAACUUUGUUUAAUAUGCGAGUCAACUUUCAUUUUUACGUCGAGACUUCCAUGGUAGCUUGUGAACAAGCCCUCUCAUGAGUCGUCCCAAGAGAGCUUGCUUACACCGUCAAUUCCAGCCCCUGUGUCGAGUGAACUUGUUCAUAGGCUAUUCAUACUUAAGGUCAUAUGGUCUUACCAGCGGUGUGAUACCUACUUUUUACAUGGUUCCUGAUACAAAUGCAGUAGAACCCGGGUAACUCGAACUCUGAAGGGAAACGAAAAACAGUUCGCGUCAGCGGAGAAUUCGAGUUAUUGGGGUAAAUUUCAGUGAAAUGUUGAUCAAGGGAAAGGAAAUUUAGUUCCAGUUGGCGAGGAAUUCGAGUUAUCCGAGUUUGAGUUAUCGAGGUUCUACUGUAUAACAAAUGAAUUUGAUAAAGCUUACUUACCUGUCCAAUACUAAGAGAGGAAUUUCAUAUUCGACCUCCAUGAGUCACCAAUUUCUCACUGAAUAUUUCUUCUCAUCUUGCAGUGUCAGCUUCUUUGUUUGUCCCGGGACUGGUUCAUGGAACAGGUAAUAUAAGAGCUUUAUGUGGAAUUAGAGCGCUAGUUAAUGGCCUAGUUCACCAAGGAGCGACCGAACAGUUGUUUGUGGGUUGUCGUGGCUUUCAAUCUCGUCAGUGGACUUGAGGAACAUGGCAUUUUUGCUUCUCUUUGCAGUGCUUGUGGAAACUCAGUGGACAGUUUUACGGUGAUACACAACGCGGUACAAACGGCUGUUGCCUGCAAUGCUCUCGGUGUCCUCAUCUGUGAUUGGUCUUUACCUGGUCACGUGAAUCCUCUUAGCGUUAGUAUUCCGGCAUUGCUUGCGGGUGCCGGGCUAGCUUGGAAAUCAAGUGCGGAGUUGGUGAGUCGUAAUCUGAUUUGCAUUCUACUUUUGGCUGGAGUGUCUGCAAGGUUGAUUCGUUAAAAAGAUUUGUUGAAUGUUAAGUCGCCCAGUGUAGUGCCAGGGAUCUAGUAGGUCAGGUAGAACCUCGAUAUAACGAACCGCUAUAUAACGAAGUCCUCGAUAUAACGAAUGGCAUUCUCAGCCCCAGUGAAAGUAAAAUAUAUGGAAAGGAACCUCGAUUUAGCGAACGUAUUUGGCCAGUCCUUUGGCCCUUAAAUCCAGGUUCCACAGUGGAAUACUAGCCUCCUAUGGACAACUCUUGCCUUGCAGACGCUUCACUACUGAGGGGGACCGAUUAUACGGACAUUAGUUAAUUCCACGACAAACUACAGACGUCUCUCUGAAAUUAACUCCCGUUAGGUCCCAACAGCACAAUUUCAUCCUUUUAACACUCGUUGUAAGGGCUUUGCGAACAGAGGUAUUUUUCUGUCGCGGUUUUAAGCAUGUACGAAGUCGCACCGCUGACAUUCACGUAGUUGGCUCUUUUAUUUCCAACCAGGCGAAUGUUAGUGGCGCGAACUGACUAUUUUAACGCCAAAAACCACGCAAGCAGAGUAGUUAUAAGGGAAACCUUGAGAAAUGUUUCAAUAUUCAGCCGAACCAGUAAAUGCGAGCUGCACCUCUUAUUGAAGAUCCCCAAUUUCUUACUUGGUCCAGCUUGAUGUUCUGUGUAUAUUCAGAGUGAAAAUAUAAAGUUUGAAGUAAAUAAUUAUAUUGUUUUGUUUCAGUCAAAUGUGCGCUCCUCUCUCGCCGAUGUUUUAAGUCGUCACGUGUUCAUGGACGCAUCUGGAUCAUUUGGCCGCGCACUCAUUGACCUGGGCUCGACUCACUCAGUGUUGCUUCAGGACGAAGCCGUGCAAGCAGGUGUCACCUCAGAUAGCAGCAGAGUACACCCAGUCGCGCAUGCUCCGGGAGGUACGCUGCUGUGGCACAUUUUGGAGAGUAAAGGGUCAUCUGAACUAGAAAAUGUAACGUCUGGCAGUUUACAGGUACGUGGAUUGGUGCAAUCGACGUUUGAAAAGAAUAGACCAAUGUGCCAUUUCCAAGUUCCAAAAACUCUUACUUUCAAAACGAGGCUAAGUGCAAAACCUUUCUCGUGAAAAUGAGUUUUAUUUGCAUGAGAAUAAAAAAAUCGUUUUCAUACCAAUACCUUCGCACUUAGCCUCACUUUAAAACAAAGUCUUGAGGCAACUCAGAAAUGGCAUAUUUCGAUCAUAUGAUUAUUAAGAUUGGAGGUUUCCAAAAGUAAAGCAAGAGAAAUGUACUAUUCAUCCCUGUACUUGAAAGUGAUUCUUUUGUCUUUUACCCCCCACCCCCACCCCCCCAAGUCUAGGAGCCAAGUGAGAAUUUUUUAUGCAUAUCAAAUAUCGAAAGGGACUAAAAUUAAUGGAAUCCCCCAGAAGGAGGUCGGACAUCGCAUGACGCCCACACAAUGUAUCGUGAGCUUGCAGUGAUUGGGGUUGGGAGAGAAAGUGAAGGAUGUUUCAAAUCGCAGUCUGUAGUCGUCAUAAGGUAUCUGACCUCAGUAGUCGCGACUGCUUUGAAAUUCUAGCUAUUUGAAGAGGGGUGGUCUGGUUUGUCUCUAAAGAGUGGAUUGGGGUACUUAGGGAGAGGUUAGAUUCUAAAGGAAAUGAGGUUGUAGUGAUUUCCAAACUUUCGCGUGCUCCUUGUGAUUUAACUUGCACACUUGAUGUGAAAGAAAUUACGCGAAAUUUGGUCAGUUGACGUAUAGCUUUGGUUUUAGAAGCGGAAAUCAAAAGCUGGAGGCUUUCCUUAUUCACUUGUUUUCUGUACGAGCUUUUGAAAGUUAUCGAAAAAAAUGAUAUGGGGUGGCUCUUUGAAGGCCGUUCUGACCAUGAACGCCAAAUAAUCUGGUGAACAACACCACCGCAACCGCCAGCAGGGAUGGGAACUAUGGAAAAGUGCACGGAAAAAUGUCCAGUAAUGCUAACGACAAAUAGUCUACCACGAAACUGUUCUUUGUCUCGUCACUGGACUGCUUGCGGUCCACCUUUUCUCUGGAAAUCCGUCUGGUUCUUAUCUCAGCCAGCGCGAUUGCAAACCAGGACGUUACAGUAAGGGAUUGAGAUUCCUAACUAGGAUCAUGAUCGGACUAAGAUUUCACAAUAUAGAAGAUGUAGCCAGAACAUGUUCGGUGCCGCACUGCGGCACCCGGCUUCGCUGCUCGCGUGCUUGGGUUUUGCGUCACUAACUUGGCAAAGAAUUCAAUAAGAGACUGCUCGCAGUCUAUCUCGUCACGAGCGUUGUGUAGGAGGCUACGAAAGACUUAGUUAUGAAUGAUUUAACCCUUUGAUACCCAAGAGUGACCAAUGUCAGUUUUCUCUCAACAACACCAAACAUCAUCAAGAGAUAAGGAUACGGGAAAUUAAUGAAUGAUCACUAAAAGGAAAAUGCAUCGAUCUUUUAUCAAAUUCUCUUAACUAGUUCUUUAAGGGAUUGUGUGGAGAUCAGUAUGGAGAAUUUGUAUGUGAAUAUUGGGGCUUAAAAACGUUAUGAAAUCCACGCAAGUGUUCUAACUUUGUUGCUUUAUUUUGGACGUUAGAGGGCCUUGCGACAAAUUCGCCAGUGCCACAAAUCCUUCAUAGCUGCUGAACUCAAGUGCAAACAAAAAGCGGAUAUUGUCAAGGAACUCGUCGUAUUGGUGGAUAUCUUACUGUUUGUGACCAGGUUACUUAUAGUUCAAUACUUUCUGAUUUAUUUUGGUUAAUUAAACAAAGGAAGAAAAAGACCAGGGGUGCAUUUUUAGAAAUUCCAAUCGAAAAUUGAGAACUUCGUUUGAUUUACACUUCCUUUGGUUUCAGUCAGGCGCUGCGCAUAUUCGCGCCUUUUUAAGAUUUUCACUCGAUUGAGAAGUAACAAAAAUGGUAGUUGUUUGCUAUUAACGUGGGCUAACCGCUCGGUUCACUGUUUAGGUAAAUGAUAAACGAAAUUAAAAGCUGGUAAAUUCCGCUCGGGAAACGCUUUAACUGUUUGCACAAAACAGUUCCCUAAGUUACCGAAAGUUUUUGGAACUUUUUGACCGUGGAAACAGGACUUCCUUUUUAGACGUCCCGUUUAUUAAUUUCCAUGUGAACAAUCCGAAAAGUUGCGUUCCAUUUACGUUACAACCGGAUUUUCCAGAAACCUUGCAAACAGCAAAUUACCAGUCAAUUCUGCAGGGAGUGGAUAAAUCGCAAACCAUGAUGCCUUUAGGCAACCCAUAUGACUUUCAAAUGGUUAGCACCACAGAGGUACCUUGAAAGGAACAGACUUGGUUCAAGGCGCAAAAAAUCACGGGAACGUUUGCCUUGUAGCCGGUCCUUUUGCGGUCGUGCCAUGACCUGAAACUUAUUAGAAAACUGAAUCUGCAUUAUUCAAACUGCUCCACAAACAGGUCAUUUUGUUGAAGAAUAUCAGCUAACGGGACGCUGUUUUUGUCGCAGGAUUUGCCGACUGCUUCUCUUGAACCGCAAACAGUCCAGUACUACUUCGUCCCUUGAAGAUUUACCUGUUAUCAAUAAGACCGACUUAGCUAACAAGUAGGUGUUUAUUCCUACGUUAUUUUCUUUAUCUCUGUUCUCUGUUUCUUCGUUUGUUUGUUUUGGAUGCGUAGAAUUUGCAUCCCUUGUUUAAAUCGAGACCUUAAGAUACACCGUGUACUGGUACGGGUAAAUUACCCGUACGCGUAGCCGUAAAUACGGGCAGAUGGCCUCUUAUCUACGAGAAACGGGUAGGCUUCCGGGUGGAACGGUAACGCCGUUAUCUGCGCCUUCUAUAAAACUACGUGGCAAAAUGGCCGCCUACCCGAACCCGUAGGGAGAAACAGUGCAUCUUAAGGUCACUUAUGUUCCGUUGCCUAAUUUGGCUUCCCCUGGGGAAGGAGCUUUUGCGCAGCUUUGAAGAGGGUGUUAUUGCGUUAAUGCGUUUUCCCUGGCGUUUGUAACUUAGUUGUUUUGCCGUUUUUCAGGUUGUUAGCACUUGUGGAAGUGUACCAGAAGGCAUACCUUUUGCGUAACAAGCAAGGUGGAUUGUUUAGCGCUGUACAGCUGCUGCGAAAUUUCCUUCAACAUCUGCUUCCUGAAAAUGAAAAAUGACCGCCUAUAUCUCUGCUCAAUUCGAAGUUUAAAUUUAGUGAAAUGUCCUAAUUUCUCGUCGCGGUAUAACCGAGACUCUGUGACCUUGUUCUCAUAGAGCCCUUCUAACUUUUCCUCAAGUAAAUUAUUUUGUCAGGUCCUAUUGUAAUGGCCGUUUUCACACGAGAGACAGAUUAUCCGGUCGAGACGG